AUGAGUGAUUUUGAGAAUAUAGUAUUACCCAGUUCUUGCGACUCACAAGUCACAGCUUGGCCUGUUCUUGAACUGGAUUUUAAUCAAGACACUUCCACUUAUGUUGCCUUUAUCCGUGUUAAGAUCAGACUUGUAUUCACUGACCGCCUUCGGUUUUUUCGGAGAGUUCGUUUUGAAUCUAGAGAAGGUGCUAUGAUUGGGUUUGAGUAUGAGAAGCUUCGAAGGAUAUGUACUAAUUGUUGUCGUAUCACUCAUCACGUAAACAACUGUCCCUUUCUUAAUGCACCUGUGAUUCAUGAUGAUGAGGUGGAGGUACUUGAUGUACCUGUUUGGGAGGAAGGUGCUGCUUCUAACACUAUCACUGAUCAAACUCAUAUGACUAGCUCAGACAGUUCAGACAUCUCCUCUGCAUCACUGAUAUCACAGCCUCUUCCUCCAGCAUCUUUAGCUUCUCAUGAACCUCACUUAGUUGCUGGAUCUGAGGCUUCCAGACUUGUUAAUCCAAGACCUAUACCUCAGAAUCACUUUUCUAGCUCUUCUUCUGACUUCAAGGGCAAAGGAAAAGCGAAAAUGGAGAUUGGUGAAUGCUCUAAACGUAAAAAGGAUAAGCAAGUUGUUGAUGAUGCACUUCGCAACGUUAGGCAAUGUCGCAAGGAUCAGGGGAUUAGGAUCAUGAUCUUGCAAAUUAAUUUAGAUAUUGAGCUGGCGAGUUUUGUCCGGACAGCUGGGGCAGUUGCCUCCCAUAAAAUGAUGAAGUUGCUAACACCAUUCUCCACCGUUGUUUUGCGUAGAAGCAAAUAUAGCAUCCUGGAUGAUCUUGAAGGAUACAUUACCAGUGGAGUUUAUACAUACAAGGUAACAAUAUCUACUAAAUUAAAGAUUUGUUUUUCUCUCUAUUUUCACUUGUUUUAA